AUGCUCGGAUCGAUUACUUUAAUCACUUUUAUUAUGGAGUUACAUAAACUGAAGAACAUUCAAAAUAUCCUGGAAAAAUCCGUUUCAACGACACUGAGUCAUUUAAAAAAUGCCCAGUAUUUUCAAGACAUCAUCGAAUAUUCCAACGAAAUAAACAAGGAAGCAGCUGGAGAGAAAGAAAUCGUACAGCAGAAGAUAAAAAAAAUGCUGGAACUAUUAAAACAAAAGUCUGAGUUACUAAAAGAGAACCGAAUUGCGGAUAUAACAGACUUCAAUCAGUUCAAGAAAGAGAUGAUAACAAUCCAGGAAAAUAUAAAGAACCUCAAAGCAGAAGCUAGGAUGAAACUUGAACUGCUACAAAGAGAAUAUGUAGAGAUUGGUGAAGAUACAGAUUAUUACACGGGGCUACUACCCACUUGGUCAGAAGCAACAAAAAAAGAUGCACAUGUUUAUGGUAAGAUUGUACCUACAGAAGAUUUUUACAAAUCUUCCUUAUUGUUAAAUUUUUCUACCCUACCACUGAUUCAGACCCCCUCACAUAUACUUUUUAUUCUAGUUAACAGCGUAAAAGAAUCGAUUUCCCUGAAAGGUCCAAGUUGUAAAGAAGCCAAAGAUUUCAUUGACUUUGUGAAUAAAAGUGAAGGACACGAGAACGGUUGGCGCAAAGAAGACCAUCAACUGUUUUUACGCUUUCGGAAAAAGUUUAAAAAUGCCGAAGAUGCAGCUCUGGAAUUACACGAGACAUUACCGGAUCUUUCUGUAGAAGAGAUAAAGCAUCACGAAGAAUGGUACAAGAGGUACCUGAUUUUGCAAAAAAAGAAAAAAGAUGCAAUAAAAAAAUGGAAAAAAUCCAAAGCUAGAAAUGAACACAGUUCAAAUAGAGAUGGAACAGUGGCAGAACCAACAUUCGUCCCUAAACAACAAAAUACUGAAGAAGUCCGAAAGAAAUUAUCAGAAUGGAAGCUGGAGAAACAACUUCAACAACUCCAAUUCGAACAAGAAACCCGUCAAGCUCAAGACCAGAGACGCAAAGAGCUCCAAGCUCAGAAGCAAAAGAGAGCAGAAGAAUUGAGAAAGUUAGUGGAUGAAUGGAAGUCUACCAGGGCGAUCCUCGAACAGAAAGAAAUAGAACACAUGCAACUGGCAGCAGAACAAGAGAAAAAACGAAGAGCUGCCGAAGCAAACAUGAUGAUCAAACAGUUCCAAAGUCAAGACGAUCUGUACAUCUCCAAAAUGUUGAGAGCAAGAAAGAAAGAAGACGCCUCUAAGCCGACGAGAAGUAAAUCCAGUCAAACGGCCUCAAGAGAUCCUAGGCGAUUGCUCAAACCUACGAAGCAGUGGAUCAAUAGAGUGCAUGAUGACAAUAUCUAUGCUGGCGAAAGCGGCAUUCUUCCUUUGAAGAAUCUUCCCAAACUGAGUGUACCCGAAUGGCGCAAAACGGUUCAAUGAAUUCUAUACAGGAUGUUUCAGAAUAAGAUGCUGGAAGAUGUGAAUCCUUAGGUGAUUUCAAGAAGAAAAGUUCCCAUGAACCUAUAUCCUGAACCUGUUAACAUUUGAGCUACAGGGUGUUGAAAAUCUUUUGUCAUCCUAACUUUGAUAACAUCUUAGAUAUUUGUAAGCACCAGCAGUCAUUUUUUGAUAUACAUUUUUUAAAAUAGCCUAGAUAUUUUUGGAAAAAUAUGUACAUCACUGCUUUUCCUUGAAAUUAAAAUCUAUUUUUA